GAUAAAGAGAGGAGCUUUACUUUAAAUACUUUCAAGACACUCCCCCACGUGUCUCUGGCCAUGUCUACAUCCGGUUGUCAGAGUGCGACUCUGGGUCACGUGACCCUGAACAGAAACGUAUCCAUUUUUUUCAGAGAGGGAAUCGAAAGUAACCAUGUCUCAUUUAGGACCCCGUUUCCCUUUCUAAUUUCUUACGCCAUCCGGUCAGAGAGUUCCCCCUCAACCUGCUGCAAUAGUCGAGCAACGCGUCUGUAUAUAACUGCACACAGUGUUGCACGUCUGUGUUGUUGACACGGUGGAAGCUGCGGACAGGACCUGACUCAGCCAAUGCGGAAGAAGCAGCCCAAUACAGUCUGCUGCGGGACAGUGUUGGGAUUUCUAAUCUACCAGAGGUUCUGUGCCCACGUUGCAUGCUUCAUCUGUGCCUUGUAUGUUGCUAUGGUUCUGUUUGAGUCAUCUGAUUAUUGGGAGGCUACAGGACCGCACUCUUUUAACACCUCUGCCACUGGUUUGAACUCCUCUAGGUGAGACCAAACUGCUCCCUGAGCCCACUGGGUCCUGUGCCACCAGUUUGUCUUGUGUAUUGCAUUGACAUUUGAAUAUGUGCAUCAUGUAUGUAUGCAUUUUCUGAUGUUCUCCAUUACAUGUGGCAUCUAUUGCACUUCUGUCCGUCCUGGGAGAGGGAUCCCUCGCAUGUGUCUCUCUCUGAGGUUUCCAAGUUGUUUUCCCCUGUAAAAGCUUUUUUUAGUAGUUUCUCCUCACUCUUGUUGAGGGUUAAGGGCAGAGGAUGUCACACCUUGUUAAAGUCCUAUGAGACAAAUUGGGAUUUGUGAACAUGGGCUAUACAAAUACAAUUUGAUUGAUGGUAUGCAUCAUGUAUCUAAAUAAGUAAAUGACACAAUGAUCUCAGUGACGAGGGAGAAAGGGGACACAUCAAACUAUUCUUUUAGUGAUAUAAAGCAGUUUCUUGACAUGGCAGCAUUAUGCAUGCACAACUCUGUCUAUUCAUCAGAUGUCAAGUGGUUUGUUUUGCCCACGCCUCUGCCCAGGCUCAAAACCAGAGAGGAGCAUAAUAAGAGGGGAUUCUAGAAAACACAAGAGUUGUUUGUUUUUUGGCUGUCAACUGUUGCCUCACAUCAGGGUCAAGAUGAGUCCGCUCCAGCCCCGUUUAGCCUCCGGGCCACUGGCCGCGUCGGCCCGGAUUACCAUGAUGAACCAACACUGUGUUCUCAUUAAGGUGGCAGCGUUAGGCCUGCUCAGUGCUGUGGGACAGACCAGUGAUGCUGACGGGGCCGGAGGAGGUGAAACCCGACACAGUAUGGAUGUCUCCUUGUUGUCGCUCUCACUGAUAUAGACAUUAUUGAGGGUUGUUAGAUAUGACACUUGAUGCUGAAUCAAUGUUUGUUGUACCAUAGGAAGAUAUCUGAACUCUGAACUUUGUUGUUUUGCUGGAUCUGCAGUACACUUCUACUUGAUGAAUAUUUUUUGUUGUAGCCGUGUGUGUUUUUGGAGGAUAAAAUUAACUUAGCUCCGCCAUAACUCAUAAUUAUGUCAGAAGUAUAAUGGCAACUAUUAAUAUAGUAUAUGUUUUUCUGGACUGGUUUUCUGUUCCUCAGCACAUCACUGAUUUGUAGUGAUGUUCCUGAUGUUCUUGUGUCCUUGGAACUGUUCUUUUUGGAGAGAACAUGGAUCCAGAUCGAGCCAUAAUUUGUAAGGCCAGAAAUAAAACGGGAUAGUCACAAGAAGGAAGAGUGUCUGAAUUAUUAAUCACCCUCCUUUUACCCUGGGAUUAAGUUUCAUUGUGACUGGAAGAGACAGUAUGUCACCCUGCAGUAUCCUUGUAGACUGGCUGGGAUAUAAUCUGAAGAUACAUAACAACGUUGACACCGUUGGUAGAUGCCUCUGCAUGUAAUCCUCUUUUUUUCCCAUAAUACCCUGAUAUAUUUUUUGUUUUCCCCCUUCUAUACACUGCACUUCAGGAAGGUGAGAGCUGUAGAAGGAUGUUAAAAACUGUGUCCUUGGAGCUGGUCUAGAUUCAGGGACAUUUCUAAGGGCAAUUGAGCAAGUUGUACAUUUGCCAGGAGGGCCUGAACUCAUGUUGGUGGCUGGAAUGUGCUCUCUAUGUGCUACCGGCCUGCCCUGACUUUCCACCAGCGCCUGCUCUUUUUGCCGCUGGACACACACUCAUACAGAAGCUGCGCAGCCCGCUGCACCGGCCCCCUUCACGCUCACCCCCUGCGCUAUGAGCAGAGGUAGAGGAGGGCCUUCCAAAGAACAUUACCACCGAUAUCCACUACCCCACCUCCAGGCCAAGGACAAUUACAACAGGCCUGGUCCGUCUUCCUUCUUUCCCAGAGCUGACCCGCAACUGAGCCCAUAUUCAAGUUACUACAACAGCCCUCCCCCCCCUGUAGUGUCCACACAUCCCCCAGCUCCCUCUUUCAUUCCCUCUGCCCCACCCGAACCAAGCCACUAUAAACCCGUGACCCCUCACAAUUCAUAUUAUCAGAACCACUUUCCCUGUCCUAUUCCAAAUUCAUUUAAGUACCAACAGGCGGAGUUCCUGAGAGGUCAAAGCUCCGAGGCUCCACAGUUCAGAACCAGUCUGCGAGGAGGGGGAGUGGUACCCGGCAGGCCGCCCAGUUCCUCAUAUCAGCCCCAGUCAGGAUACAGUAGAUUUCUAAACCCCAACAGCAGCCCUAGGGGUAGAGGCAGGUAUAGCCAGGAGCAGAGCUUUGAAUACUCACCCAGUUUUGGACCCCAGCAAGGCCCUCAACACCUGAAUCAAACCCAGUUGCAAGGUAAAAAACACAACCAGCACUCCAACAGACAAUGGUGCGAACAAACAGACUCUCUGUGUGACAAUAUUGAUAGUUUGUCUCUUCAUCAAGACUGGACCAACAGAGGAGACAGCUUUGAUAGACAUUCUGAAUCCAGCAGCUCAGCAGCUUCUAGCUCCGAGCAACCCCAAAAACCUGAAGUCAAGGUUGAGCUAAAAACAGGGAACAGGGGACAGGCCAAAGGAGAGGACUCUGACACCGAAUCCAGUUCUACGCUCUGCUCUUCCUCAGAGUCAUCGGACUUUGAAGGAUCCAGGUCAUCAGUAAAAGGUCAGCACAAAGAGAAACCACAUUGCCGCAGCACCGCCUCCCCUGAUCAGGAACUGCAGCUUCCCACAAUGACAGACCAGAAGGACCUAGUACUGCGCUACCUGCUGAAGUCAAGGGAGGCAACCGCUCUUGUCAUAGCCAAAAAUCUGGGUUUAAGGAAUGCCGUGCAUGUCAAUUCCACACUUUAUGCUAUGGAGAAGCAAGGCGAAGUCGUUAGGAAUCGUGAAGUCAACCCUCCCACCUGGGAGCUCUCCACCCGCCGCAGAGAGAGAAUGGAGAGGAGCAUCAAAGCUGCAAAGAGCACCCCAGCUAAGGGGGUUCCGAUGGAGGAGGGCGCAGGAUCCAUCUUCCAUCCAUCACCACCACCGCCAAUACCAGGCCUCGAACAACUUUCACUUCCAGAGGAUUGGAUGUCGGAGUCCGAUUCCUCCCUUCGGCCCCCCUCGUUUAGCCCCUGUAAAGUCAAAGAGACCAACGAAGGACAGUGGGCCACCGACGAUAUCCCAGAAUUCCUCAAUGCCAUUCGCAGGGAAACGGAUGCCGGAAAACUGGCGGCAGAGAAGUCCAAUGCUGUGGGAACUAUUGCCGUCUCGCUGGCUGCCCCGCCUCCGCAGAACCUGUGGGCCAAGCUACAGGAAGUGAGGCUGAAGAACCCAGUCAGUGGCCUCAUGGAGUAUGCCCAGUAUCUGGGCCAGAACUGUGAGUUCCUGCUCCUUGACCAGUCGGGACCCUCCCACGACCCAAGAUUCCGUAUGCAGGUGAUGCUCAAUGGGCGCUUGUUUCCCGUCGCAGAAGCUUCCAGUAAGAAGGUUGCAAAAAAGGACGCCGCUGCGGCCACUCUGCGCAUUCUUUACGCAGAGAUGCAGGGAGGGGCGAGCACAGGGGACAAUGGAAAUGCUGAACCCACAGUCAAAGUCAUGGAAAUACAACCUGAAACCCCUGUGACAGUUGAAACCAUGGGGGAAAUUUUUGGGCCCAAUAAUGUGGAAGGGAUAGAGAUGUCGGAGGGACCUCGCCAGCCGCUGUCCCGCUCUCUGCCUGGUGGGAAAAAUCCAGUGUCCGUCCUGAUGGAGUACAGCCAGCGCAGCGGCAACCCCAUCGAAUUCAUCAUCACCGGGCAGGCUGGCCCACCACAUGACCCACGGUUCAUGUACAGAGUAAAGGUCGGAGAGAACUUGUUUCCAGAGUCCUCGGCUCCAAGUAAGAAGGCAGCCCGCCAGCUGGCAGCAGAGGGGGCCGUCAAAGAAUUGAUGGCUGACGGGAGGUUGCAGCUCAACAAGCCUCAGUUGCCCCUAGGCUCUUCCAGUGAUAGUGACGGUUCUGGGACCACGUGUCCCUCUCUGCCGCCUCUGACUGUAGAUGAGUUGCGAGCAGCUCACGAGGCAGGGGUGGGGGACCUCAUCAACCACCUGAACAACAACGCAGUGUCAGGUCUUCUGGAGUACGCCAGAGCCCGGGGCUUUGCUGCUGAGAUCCGCCUCGUGGGCCAGUCUGGGCCAGCACAUGAGCCUAAGUUCACCUACCAGGCUAAGCUAGGCGGACGGUGGUUUCCUCCAGUCUGUGCAUCCAACAAGAAACAGGGCAAACAGGAAGCAGCAGACGCCGCUCUCCGGGUUCUGAUUGGAGAAGCUGAGAGGGCAGCCCGCACUGGGGAGCUUAUCCCGGCCGAGCUUCCAGUGAGUGGCAGCACUCUGCACGACCAGAUAGCGAUGUUGAGUCACCAGCGUUUCAACGCCUUGACGACACGUAUCCAGCACAGCCUUCUGGGACGCAAGAUUCUGGCCACCAUCGUCAUGAGGAAGGGGGAGGGCCUGGGGACUGUUGUCAGCCUGGGAACUGGAAAUCGCUGCGUUAAAGGGGAGGAGCUGAGUCUUAAAGGGGAGACAGUGAAUGACUGCCACGCUGAAAUUAUUUCGAGACGGGGAUUUCUUAGGUAUCUGUACAGCGAGCUGCUGAAGCACUACGAAGGCGCAGAGGACACUAUAUUUGAGAUGGCGGAGACAAACAAACUGCGGAUCAAAGCUGACAUCACCUUUCACCUUUACAUCAGCACAGCACCGUGUGGGGAUGGGGCUCUGUUUGAUAAGUCCUGCAGUGAGUCCGGCGAUGACGUCGAGGGCCACCAGCCUCUGUUUGAGAAUACAAAGCAGGGCAAGCUCCGCACCAAAGUGGAGAACGGUGAGGGCACCAUCCCAGUGGAGUCGAGUGCCAUUGUGCCGACCUGGGACGGCAUCCAGCACGGAGAGAGGCUGCGGACCAUGAGUUGCAGUGAUAAGAUCCUGCGCUGGAACGUGCUGGGCCUGCAGGGGGCGUUGCUCACCCAUUUCAUGCACCCCAUCUACCUAAAGUCCAUCACGCUUGGUUAUCUGUACAGCCACGGUCACCUGACACGUGCUGUCUGCUGUCGAAUGGCUAGGGACAGUGAAGCGUUUGUGGAGAGUCUUCCUUCUCCGUUCGUGCUCAACCACCCGGAGGUGGGCAGGGUGAGUGUGUACGACUCCACACGUCACACAGGAAAGACCAAAGAGUCCAGUGUGAACUGGAGCUUUGCAGACCAGCACAGUGUAGAGGUGCUGGACGGGACCAAAGGCAAACUGGAUGGGAACAAACACAGCAUUUCCCGUGUGUCCAAGUCCAACUUGUUCUGUAUAUUCCGGUCUCUGUGCCAGCGGUGCGGCCGCACAGACCUCCUCGCCCUGCCAUCAUAUUCCCACGCCAAGAUGGCGGCCAUGUCCUUCCAAUUAGCAAAGCAGCAGUUCUUCGAAGGUCUCGGCGUCCACGGUUACGGCGCCUGGAUCAGCAAACCGCUGGAAGAGAAGAGCUUCGAGGUCUUGGAGGGAAUUCGGAAAAACGGUUUCCCCGUGGGAUACAGCAGCAGUAGAAAUGGAGGGGCGUUAGAGCAAGGAGGCGUAGAACAGUGCAUUGUUAAGUGAGUAUAUAACUAUGUGGAGGAGGAAAAAAAGCACCAGCCAGGGCCAGACGUGAAGGGGGAAAGAAAAGGACAAUCAAACUAUGUGUAGCAAGUGUCCAGAACCGUAUCUUCUGAUGGAACAUGGUUAACGGCUGCUGAGGAGGACCGAUGGAAAGGAACCGUGUGAAUGAGAGGGAGAUGACCAGGGUAAAGCCUGAUGGGUGAAUGUGGUCAGAGUUCACACACAGAGCUUAGAAAGAGAUUCAGAGGGUAAACAAAACAUAAAUAAACACUACAUGAAAAAGGAAUUGGUUUGAAGUCAAUAAAUUAACCUGACAAACACUGCUACAAAGCUGAGCUGUUGGCUUGCAAGAUGAUUGCUGCUUGUGUCUUGAUCCUUAUUUUCAGAGUGUAAUUUCAACUUGUCUUUGUGAUAAUAGUGCUUCACUCGGUUUUUGGACCAAGAUUAUUCAGCUUCUUUUGGCAAAUGUUUGUUUGAUUUUUUUUCCCCUUGAGAGCUUGAGUAACUGACAAGUGCUGCUUUAUUACCGUUCAGUCCAUCACCAGCCUGCUUUGUCGCAGUGUUUGCAAUUGUUAAGUUAAAUUAGCGUUCAAAUGUCAUGAAGUGAUUAUUAUUUUUUCUGCUCCCUGUGUUCUACUUCAUGGAAACGCAUGCAACUGCUUUAUGACAAAGAGCAGAAACUACAGGAGUCUUUUUCAUUUUUUUUUUUAUUGCGGUCAUCCCGAUUGACUCAAUGUAGUGAAUCUGGAAAUCAGUACUUGCUGGGUACAGUCCCAGCUUACAUUCUAAAUUCAACACGUUCACUGUACAUAAGACCAUCAAUAAAAACAUACUCUGAUCAGUGACAAACGCUUCAGCUCCUCAAACUCUGAAGCAUCCAUCCGGCCCAUUUCUGAGUAACACCAGCUGUAAGAUUCAUUCAUUGUACACCAUCCCUCCACAUAGUGUUGCCAUGGUUUCCAUUAGCACAGUGUAGGUAAGUGCGGCCCUUGGAUCAGUCCCACAAGUUCCUCCGUGCUUUUAUAUAGAAUUACUGAUGUCAAGACCUCAAAGAAGUACAACCUUUCUGUUUCCUUAUUGCUUGUGGGUCUGUUUUUGAGUAUAUCUCCAUGUUUAACCAAUAAGAUAAUCAAUAACUGGCCAUGGGAGCGAGUCUCUCCUGUCCUGCAUGCAGCCAGCCUGCAUGUUGUUGUUUUUUUUCACAGCUCAAUAUACAAAAAGACUUCCAGGUUCUCUCGCAUGUCCAGUUGUUGUCUCACCUAGUAGCGCUAGGUGAGGACAGCUUGUUUAAGGAGAAUGUGUAGUUUCGUUUUUUUCCCUUUGUUUCGGUUACAUGUACUUGGAUGAUGCAAUAUAUACAUCAAGUAUAUACAAAUACAUGGACACACAGAUGUAAAGUGGGGUCCAAAAGCCUGAGUCUCAGGUUGAAGUUGUGUUUGAGGUCUGGAGAGAAAGCCAUGCAGGUCAAUGCUCCAUUCUGUGGAGCAUUGACCUGCAUGUGCACAUUAUUUUGCUGGAUAUUUCAUCUUAUUUUAAACAGUUUUAAGUGAGUGGCACCUUUCCUGGGCCAUGUGUUGUUAGCUCCUUUAUUGCAGCUUUUAGUGGGAUUUUUGUUCAGACAUUUAUUACAAUCUUUUGAGUUCCAGAAGUAAGUACUGGUUACAUUUCCUCAACGGUGAACAUUAUUUGAAUAAGAAGUUUUAAAGAGAAAAGGAAAUGUACAGCUUUCAGUAUUGGACUCAGACUUUUGAUCCCCACUAUGUCAGUAUAAUGUUAUAUAUAUAUAUAUAUAUAUAUAAAUAUGUGUGUGUGUGUAUAUGUAUAGGUUUCAUGUAUAUAUUUUGUAAAUCAUCUAAAAUAGUUUUCUAUAGUUUUCCUGGUGUUUUAAUGGUUUAUGCCAUUUUUUUUUUACCAAUAAAGUUCCAAAAAUUUGAAAAAAU